AUGGAGGCAAAGAGGUCACACGGGACACAAACCGAGGCCGCACAGAAGAAGAGGAAGGGGGAGAGCAGCAUGGUGAACGGGACGGAAGGUUCCAACGGAGGAAACAGUCCCAUCAGCGUGGCAGCUGAAGAUAAGGGGGCCGUGAGACACGCAAUAAAGUCGUACAACAACCAGGAUUGGCUACAUAGCCGUUCUGCCCGUGAAGUACGGAUCUUAUGCGAAUAUGUGGAGGUCGAAGAUCGCCUCCGCAUGCAAAAAGUCCUCGGCACGUUUCUGCUGUUCGGAUCGGCACGUUCACGGAGUCCCGAACAAUGGAAGAAACAAAUGGAAAAUGCGCAGGAGCGCUUGAAGGACCCGUCGACUGCUGCACAAGCAGAAGCAGACAUUCAAAAGUUGAAGAGGAUAGAGUGGAUGUGUGCUUACUGGGAAAAAAUCAAAAACCUCUCAGGCAUGCUGAUGAAGUGGAUACAGACUGAGGAGGCAAGACAGGCAGUAGCGCGUCUUCUUCGCGAAAUCCCAGCUCCCGUCGGAGGAAGCGGGCAUCAGUAUACCGCAGGGGAUGUCGCAUCGGUAACUGACCUGUCUGAGCCGUGUCCUGUGGCAAUCUGUACGGGUGGCGGACCGGGAAUGAUGGAGGCCGGAAACUGUGGAGCGGCUUCUGUGGCAGGUGGCCGGAGCAUGGGAAUGGGCAUUUCGCUUCCGUUUGAAGCAGGGUUGAACCCCUUCGUAGAUGACGGUCUUGCCUUUGAAUUCCACUAUUUCUUCACGCGCAAGUUCUGGAUGGUCUACACCGCUCUCGGCGUCAUUGUCGCUCCAGGAGGUGUAGGUACACUCGACGAGCUCAUGGAGGUCUUGACGCUCAAGCAAAGUGGCAAAAUGAAGAGAGACAUUCCCAUCGUUCUCUUUGGAAAGAAAUUCUGGAAAGACGUCGUCUGCUUCGAGAAGCUGGUGGAGUACGGCGUCGUGGCUGAGAAAGACCGCGACCAACUGUUCUACACGGACGACGAAACAGAGGCAUUUGAGUACCUGAAGCAGUUUCUGCUCACCGACAAACUCGUUCUUGGAGACCAUUAUGUCCACAAAUCUCUCAGACACGCUGCCGCAGGAAGCCGUGCGACGACAUCUCAGGGCGCAUCGCCCGCAGCUGCCACUCAAAGGAGGGGUGCCGACUACACAGAAGCAAUUUAA